AGAUGAGAGGAGUCAAGUAGCUAUAAUGUGGGAUCCUGGAUUGGAUCCUGGAAGAGAGAAGAUUCAUUAGGGGAAAGACUGAAACUUGAAUGAGCAUUUAUGGUCUCACUGUUCUGGUCAGUCUGCUGCCUAUUGUUCUGGUCACAAGAGCAGUGAUUCCCAGGCUUUCUCAACAAUGUACCCUAUUUCUGGGCACACUUACCACUGAGGAUAAAUUCUUCUUUUUACAAGAAGAAAAUUUUGGAGAAGAGCUAUCUACAAGGAAAGGACGUAUAGCUAUUCAGAGAGACAAGAAGAAAGGAGGCAAAUUCCAGCCUUUUAAGAAGUUGUUCGGCAAAAGGAAAAAGAAAGGCACAUCUGUAUCCCAGGAGGCAUCUGCGGGGCGCAAGUGUUGCUCUCCCCCAAGUGUCAGCAAUGGAACCUUCUCUUCUGACGAGGAGACCCUGGAGGGCAGUCUGAGGUCCUUCAACUAUUCUAUGGGAACCCGGGCAUUUUCCCAUGACAGUAUUUUUAUCCCUGAUGGGGGAGCAGAAAGUGAGCAGACAGUUCAAGCAAUGUCACAGGACAACAUCCUGGGCAAAGUCAAAACUCUUCAGCGACAGUUGGGCAAGAACAUCAAGUUUGGGCAGCCACCACCCAACGCCAUUCCCAUGAAGAAGGCAGACAGUGGCGAGGCUCGCUUCGAAGAGGACCCAUUCCUCACCAGUCCUGUGGAAGUUGUGACUCAGCAAGACCUCAUCCUCUCAGACACCGAGAACAAAUCCAGUGAGACGCCAAGUUCCCCAAGUCCUCUGAAUCUGCCGGGAGCCAGAAGUGAGAUGGAAGAGAAGGUUGCUCCAGUUAAACCGUCCCGGCCCAAGAGGCACCUUUCUUCUGCUGGCACCAUCGAAAGUGUCAACCUGGAUGCCAUCCCCCUGGCCAUCGCUCGACUGGAUAACAGUGCUGCCAAGCACAAACUGUCCAUUAAGCCAAAAAACCAGAGGGUGUCAAGGAAGCACAGGCGACUUGUCGGGGAUCGACAGAACGAGCACGGUGGCCUCCCGCAUCAGCUGUCCCUGGACCAAAACGGACACCCUGGAGAAGACAAGCCAAUCUGGCAUGAAAGAGAGCCAGAGCCGCUGGACUUGGAGGAAGAGAAGCGACGCCAGGAAGAAUACUGGCGAGAACUUGAGGCCAAGUGCAAACAGCAAAAGGCUGAAGCUGCGGAGAGGCGACGCCUGAAAGAGCAGAGGCUCCAGGCUCUGGAGCGGAGGCUUUGGGAGGAGAAUAGAAGGCAAGAAUUCUUGGAAGAAGAGGAGGAGGAGGAAGAGGAAAGAGAAAUACAGCUAGAGGUGAAGAAGAGGCAACGUGAAGAAGAAACGCAGAGCCUGGAAGAGCUGGGCUCCCAGGGCCCAGAGCAGAGGGAGGAAGAGGAUGGAGGACUCCCGGAGGCCAAGGAGCCCGUGUGCCCAGAGGAAGAGGCACAGCACCUGGGAAGAUGCUCGAUGCAGGAGGAGAUGGAGGCUCGGAGCCAGCAGGAGGCCGAGAAGCUGCGGUGGAAGGAGGAGGAAAGAGAGUUGGAGGAACUCCGAAGGCUGGAGGAGCUGGAGGAGCAGGGGUGGUGGGCAGCCGAGAGGCAGCAGCUGGAAGAGGAGGAGAGGCAGCGGGAGCUGGAGGAGGAAAAACGGAUGGAGGAGCUCAGGAGGCAGGAGGAGCUCAGGAGGCAGGAGGAGCUCAGGAGGCUGGAGGAGCUCAGGAGGCAGGAGGAGCUCAGGAGGCAGGAGGAACUGGAGGCCCAGAGAUGGCGGGAGGAGGAGGAGGUGAGGAAGAGGGAAGAACUGAAGAAGCAAGAAGACUUGGAGGCCAAGAAGAGGCAGGAAGUGGAGAAGAAGCUUCAGGAAGCACCGAGAGUGGAAGAGGAGAAUCAGCCGCAGCUGGACCACAAAAGCGGCUUGAGGAGCCCAUUUCAGAGCGACUUAGCAGAGAAAGCAGAAGAGCAAGAUCACCCGAAACUCGAAAAGCUGAGAGAAAACUCCGAGAAACCGAGUAUUUGGGUGAAGCAGAGCCACGAGGCCACUGAGACAUCGGGGGAGCAGCCCAGAAAGCAGGGGGAUGUUCCUGGGGAUCGUGGUUGUGGACGGCAGGAAAUGAGGGAAGAAACCAACAUGCAGCCUCCCCAGAAGCAAGAGGCCCAGGUGGAAGAAAUGCUGGCGCCAGGAGAGAAGAAGGAAGCUUUCACUCCAGAAACAGACAGAAAGCUGGAGGAACUCAGAUGGCAGGAGGUGGAUGAGAGGCAGACCAUGCCCAGACCCUACACUUUCCAGGUGUCAUCAGGAGGGAAACAAAUUCUCUUCCCCAAAGUCAAUCUGAGCCCGGUGAAGCCCGUGAAAGAUGAGGGGCUCACCUCAGCUCCCCAAGAGCCCAAGGCCCCCAAAACCAGCCCGGCCUCCCACGCCCUGCCCUCAACCCUGAGCAUCCCCCACACGGCCAUCCUGGUCACCGGAGCCCAGCUCUGCGGCCCGGCCGUCAACCUGAGCCAGAUCAAGGACACUGCGUGCAAGUCUCUCCUGGGCUUGUCGGAAGAAAAGAAGCUGGUGGAUGUCCCGACCCUGGAAAACCCACCCCGAGCCCUGGGGGAACCCCGGGCAGGCAGUGCGAAGACCAGGCCCCCACCAGAGUCUACAAGCAGCGCAGCCGCGCUCGCUGAAUGGGCCUCCAUUCGAUCCCGAAUCCUGAAGAGCUCAGAGAGUGACCAGCGUGGCGAGAGAGAGCAGUCUCGGGCCGGGGAUGAGCACAUGCCCAGGGGCCGGUGUGAUUCCCGCGGAAACCUCCGGAGGACCCCGCCCGUAAAUGCCAAAUUCUCCAUUAAACCUGCCUGGCAGAAGUUCUCCGAUGGGGGUGGGGAAGGGGAGAGCAUCAGGAAAAGACCCGGGCCGGGACCCAGCGAAGAGGCCAUGCCCCAGCCCCCUGCUGCUGAUACUAAAGAGGCCCUGAAAGAUGCAGAGAAACCCAGGGCACACCAGGAGCCAACAGACACCACAGAGGGGUGCAAAUUUGCCAAAGACCUUCCAUCUUUCCUCGUUCCAGGCCUCCCUUACCCUCCACAGAAAGCAGUGGCCCAGGUGGAGCCUGUGACCACUUCAGACGGCCAGAUCACAGAUGGAGCAGGAAAGUCAGAGCCCACGAUGCCAGGUGGGGAGGAUAAAGCUUCCCUUUUCGGAAUAAAAUUGAGAAGGACCAACUACUCCCUGCGCUUCCACUGCGACCAACAAACAGAACAGAAGAAGAAGAAAAGGCACAGCAGCACAGGGGACAGUAUGGAUGGGGCGCCGUCAGCCCCAGGGAGCACACAUGCAGAGCCAGAGACGGAGGCUGCAGCCCUCAAGCCUGGCCCCUUGCUCCCCCCAGAGAGGAAGCCAGCCCCGGCCCCCUGGAAGGACUCCUCUGAAAGCCCUCCCAGCCUCUCUCCUCCUGUGGCCCAGCCCGGGCCCCCACUGGCAGGUAGCCAGCCCCCGGCUCCGGAGCAGGACAAGACAGCAAACAGGUUGCCCCUGUCCCAGAAGCCAGCCCUGGCCCCCAAGCCUACGGGCCAGACCCCACCACCUUCCCCGCUCUCCAAGGUGAGCAGGCCCUACUUGGUGGAGUUGCUGACUCGCCGGGUGGGGAAGCCCGAGAUGGAGCCCAGCGAGCCGUGCAAGGAGGGCCGGGACAGUGGCUGGCCGCCCUCACCCCCGCCGCCUGAGGAGAGAAAGGAGCAGAAGCGGGAUAAGGAGGAAGAGGUGGAAACCGAGAGGAAACCGGCUUCCCCAGUGCCAUCCACUGGGCAAGAGAAGCCUGUCCCAACACCGGAGGCGGGGAGGAAAGAAAAGCCAAUGCUUCAGAGCAGACACUCCUUAGAUGGCUCCAAACUUGUGGAGAAGGUUGAGACCGCGCAGCCACUGUGGAUAACGCUGGCACUGCAGAAACAGAAGGGGUUUCGGGAGCAGCAGGCAACUCGGGAAGAGAGGAAGCAGGCCAGGGAGGCCAAACAGGCAGAGAAGCUCGCCAGAGAACAAGUCAGUGUCACCCCACAGCCUGGAAGCAGCAGCGUCAGCAGAGCUGGUUCCCUGCACAAGCCCACCACUCAGCCAGAAGAGAAGAAGCCAGAGACACCAGUGUCCAGGCUUGAGCGCAGAGAACAACUUAAAAAGGCCAACACUCUUCCUACAUCAGUGACAGUGGAGAUCUCUGAUUCAGCUCCCCCAGCGCCACUGGUGAAAGAAGUCACAAAGAGGUUCUCCAACCCAGAUGCUGCCCCCGUGUCAACAGAGCCAGCCUGGCUGGCUUUGGCCAAAAGGAAAGCCAAGGCCUGGAGCGACUGUCCGCAGAUUAUUAAGUAAAGAGUGACUCUUAUCCAUUCUUAUUGCAGUCAUUGGCUCUUCUCUUGCCCUUUUUAUUUAUUUAUUUUUUAUAUGAGGUACAGAAAACCAAACUAGGGAAAAGAAGCAUGUUUGAUAGGCUCUAAAAUAAUGUUUAGAAACUGAACUGGUGGUGUUCCUUGUAAAGAGUGUAUUUGCACAACCCUAGGUCCUGGUGCCUUGAGCUCCUCCUAGUUUUGAAGAGAAAAUUCCGUCCAAGGGACCACAUGAAGUAAAAUCUCUCGACUAAGACCUCACAAGAGCCUGCCAUGGCCCUUCCACACACACACACCCACACACCAUUCAGAACAUGCCCUUUUGCCAACCUUUGUAAUAUUAAUGGUUUUCUUGAUUCUUUACUCCAAUUUCUUUUCUCUGAACCAUUUAUUUACCAUGUGCUUGGGGAUUUCUACCCUUUUCUAAAGUCUUAGUGAAAGGACAAGAACGCCUAUUCUCCUGAAUGCAGCCACUGGGAACAGCAAGUUAAAAGUCUGGUUUCCAACUCUGUGCCCGUCUCUGCUUCUCAUGAUUUUGCCCCGACCGGAAACUGUAACACAGCGAGACCAUUCACUCUUGUACUGUGCUGUUGAGCUACAGGCCCUGUUAUACCAGAACUCUCCUUAGGGACAUGUUAACCAUUUGGCCCAGCUGUCUCCUAGGGAACAUUUUAAUUUAAAUGUUUAAAUAAUAAAUGAUUAAGAAAAAAAAAAAAACUACAAAUUCUCUGUCUCUGAGAAUCCCCAUUUAGUGUAGUUAUUCUUAACAAGUUCAGGCUUUAUCCCAGACCUACUCAGAGAUCCUGUAAGGAUGAGGCCAGAUUGUGUAUAUUCUGGUAAAAACGCUUCAGUUCUGAUAUAUCACAAAGGGUGAGAAGCGUAGGAUACACUGCUUCUAGUGCUACCUACUUUUUAAAACUCGGAAGGGGAGGCUCACUUCACCCAAAGCAGCAAAAGUGAGACAAGAAGAAGAAUAAAACAACCUCCAAGCCAGCCAUUUAUUAUGGAGUAAAAGAGCCUACUGACAUUACAUGUCUCUGAAAAUCUUUGAAGUCGCUAGGGAAAGUUAACAGUUAAGACAAGAUUUGAAGCCUUUUGUACUAAGGACUUCCUGUGGGGAAUUUCUUUCUUUACCAUAGCCAAGUAAUUCAUAUUUGGAGUCAAAUGUUCAAUAGCAUUAAAACAUCUCAAGAGUUUUAAGUGGCCUUGUUAUUAUAUACAUGAGAUUUUUUUAAAAGGUGUGGGGGGGGCUUGGCAAUUUAAAAGCCACAUAUAUUCACUUUUAUUUCCCUAAAUUUGCUUUACAUGAAACACAGAGCAAACCCACACGUUGCUAGAACUUAACUUACAUUUCAUGAUGUUGACAUAGUCCUUUUUUCUUCAAUUCUGACUUCAAAAUCUAAAUACAAAUCCUUUGCUUAGUGCAGCAGGGGAAGGAAUUACACCCAUUUUUUCUCUCCUACAAAAACACAUUUUAUUAGUAUUUUAUGAGUAUCAUUUUCCUUGUUUAUGCAAUGACAAUGUGCUGUUAUUCUAUUAUGUACCUUAAAGAAAGGAUGAGUGCAAAAGUAUUUACCAUAUACAAGGCAUCUUCUUUCUGGAAACAAUGGCUCAGCCUCAUGGUAGUACCUGGCAUGUGUGGUGAAAUGGAUAGUUGUACUUUUGCAAGUUGGAGUUAACAUAUAUAGUGGACCUUCAACAGAAUCAAUGGGACGUUAAUUUUUUUAAUGGCUAUGAGACGCAAUUAAUAUUCCACUGCACGUUUUCCACACUGUUCAUUUCUAAAUCAAAUAUGUAGGCAUUUGUUACCUUUGAUGAUUUCCUCACAAAUAUAACACUUUUUUAGUAAGAAUCUUUCCACUUAGAGCCCUAGAAUUAUAGUGCUACUUUAAUUCUUCUGCAUUGACUUUUUCUUUCAUGCUGUCGGCUUUGAAUAACAAUCACAGUAAUGGCAGAGAACAGGCGAAGAGAUCAGGUCAUUAACAAAGAAUGGUAGAUAAGUCAAGUCUGUUCUGGCUUACCACUGAGCCCGUGCAAAGGAGGAGAAAUACCUCAGUUAAAAAUUUUCCAUCAAAAUCUUUAAGAGUAUACUGAAGAAAAGACAGUCAUAGCACUUCCAACAACUUCUAAAGGCUACAUGUUUAAUACUUCAUGUAAAAAUUACUCCAAAUUUGCACUAAAUACCAAUGAAGUGUUAUUUUUCUUUAGUUGUGUUGCAGUCUUUUCUGAUCAACAAACUAUGGGGGAAAUUCUGUAAAGCAUAUAAGAAUUCAAGACUUUUAAAAGAAAUGAAUGAUUGCUAGUUAAAUACACAAGCUUUUUUUUUUUAAACAAAUAUACACUUCUGGCAAGGUUAUAGAUGAUUAACCUCUGUUCAUAAGACUUAAAUAUACAAAACUAGAGGUUUUUUGUUUACUUUUUUUUCAAGUGCAAUUGUUUCUUAUACAUGUUACUAUUAAAUUAUCAUUUUAGCCAGUUAUUAGCAAAUUGUAGUAUGUAUUGUCUCUUCUUGUGACAUUUAGUUUUAAUUGCUUAUUUUAAAGCAGAAACAUUAGAAUUACAAGUGUCUUGCAAUAUUUUUAUCAACAAUAAAAUGUAGUAGACUUAACAAUGAAAAUACCUUAGUGUGAUUUUAAUAUUAUUUUGAGAUUUUGGUUGUAUAAAGUUUUAAUGUAAAAUGUCCAUUAUUGAAGGAAAAAGACCUUUCAAUAAAAAAUACCCACAAGA